CGAACAUAAAGACCGACGCAAACAAACAGCAGCAAACCGACGACGCUUCCGACGCCUUUGACACCACUUUUCAUGCCCAUUCUCGAAAGUGGGCUUCGCAGACAAGAUGUCUUAUUACUUCGAGCACUGAGGAGUGUACCUCGUACUGGACGUUCCGAGCGCAUACGGGAAGGCGCACGUUUACUGUUCUCGGCUUCGAGAGCUCAGCAGGAUGACACCUGUGCAGCCGUCGUGACAUCCUCACGUCAAAUACUUUCAAAUGUUGUUGUGAAGCAGCACGAUCUCCACGAAGGUUUCGGCGGCAUUCAUCCAUCUGUAGCUAUUGAAGCACACCAGCGUAACAUGCCGGGUGCUGUCAGAAUGGCUCUCGAACAGGCACAUAUUAGCAUUCACGAUGUCGACGGGAUUGCAUUCACGCGAGGUCCAGGAAUUGGAGGCUGCCUUAGUGUGGGCUCGAAUGCUGCAAAGUCGCUCGCCGCCGCCCUCGGUAAGCCUCUUGUCGGUGUCCACCACAUGCAAGCACACGCCUUGACCCCCCUGCUCACGACUCCAACUGCGGAUCUCCCGAAGUUUCCUUUCUUGACACUGCUCAUCUCUGGAGGCCAUACGCUUCUGCUUUUAGCUUCAUCUCCUACCUCAUUCCAGAUCCUUGCGACAACAGCAGACGCGAGUAUUGGUCGUGCGUUUGACAAGGCAGCCCGAGCACUUGGCCUGUCCUGGGGAACCAGAGGCCCUGGUGCAGCACUCGAGGAGCUCUGCCGCAUGACAAAUGAUGAACUGGAAUCCCUACCUGAUAUUCCACCGUUCACCACCGCUACAUUUCUCUCAGUGGACGAACCUCUGUCCAGUUCACAUAAAAUUGCCUUGGCUCGUGCAUUCCAGACAGCCGCGGCCCGUCAACUCUGUGCUAAACUUACGUUGAGCCUGCAAAAUCUCGAGCUGAAAGGCGUGAAUGUUAGGGAUGUCGUCGUUAGCGGUGGGGUCGCCAGCAACAUCUUUUUACGCGAAAGGCUCCGAGCAGCACUGGAUGAGUACAGCUCUGAUGAGCGCAUAUCGCUCCAUUUCCCCCCGCUGGAAUUAUGCACAGGUCAGCGUUUCGAUGUGUCAACCGAUUCACAGGGUUUGAAAAUCAUUGAUACAGACAAUGCAGCGAUGAUUGCAUGGGCUUCGAUGCAUCGGUUCCUCGCUGGUGACUAUGAUGACUACACAAUAGACCUUCGUCCCAAGUGGAGUAUUGAGGAUAUCAGAGUAUGA